UUCCAAAAAAUAGUACAAAUAGAGAGCAAUUCCCGCUUUAAGACAGUCCUGUCAAUCAAGCAGGCAGACAUGGCGCUGAUCUCGGACUGGACGCAGCUCGGAGACGAUGUAUUUUACCGGAAACAUGAGGUGUACAGCAUGGACUGGGGGGGAGGAAUCAACCUGGCAGACUUCAUGGUGGCAUCUGCACCCUAUGGUGGGCCGCUGGCACUCACCCGCGAUGAGAGUAGGUUCACUAAAACCCACCAGACUGGGAAGCCACUCAUCUUCAUCUUCAGCUCCUCUGGGAAGAAAAUAUCCUCUUUCAAGUGGACGAGUGGGUUCCUGUUGACAUUGGGCUGGUCUAGAGGCGAGGACCUGGUGUGUGUGCAGGAGGAUGGCGCUGUGCUGCUGUAUGACAUGUUUGGCAACUACCAGCACACCUUCAACAUGGGACAGGAGGCGAUUGACACCCACAUCCAGAGUUCCCAGGUGUUCACUAGCUACAGGGAGACGGGUGUAGCAGUGCUUACCAAGUCCAACAGGAUCUUCAUGGUGAACAAUGUUCAUGAACCCAAGACCAGGAAGUACCCAGACCUCCCAGGAGGCACUGUGAACUGCUGGUGUGUGGUGCGGGAGGAACGUCACUCCAACGUGCUGGUGAGCCAAGGACGAGACCUGCUUCUACUCAACCACAUCGAUGAACGGCCUCAGGCACUGUACCCACAGUGGAAUGAGCCUGGUGGAAGUGUGGUUGAAAUGGCCGUGUCCACCAACUCUCGCCACAUUGCCCUCCUGUCAGACUCUGGCAAGCUGUGGAUCGGCUCCUCGGACAUCCGGAUCAAGUAUUGCGAGUAUGAUGCCAAGAGUCAGGUCAAGCCAAGGCAGUUGGCAUGGUGUGGCACAGGAGCAGUGGUGCUGCUGUGGGAAGUAACACUGGAGGUGGUGAGUGUCAAUGGAGAAGCCACCAGCUACUACCUGGACUCCUCCUCCCACCUUGCUCAGGAGGCUGAUGGGGUGAGGGUUGUGGGGAGCACUUGCCAUGACCUGCUUCAGAAGGUUCCUCAGGUGGUGGUGGACACUCUGGGCAUUGGCUCCAUGGCCCCGGGUGCCCUAUUGUUGGAGGCCUCAAAGGGAUUCCAGGAGAGGAGCACUCAAGCCAACGACUGCCUGGCCAUGAUCAAAGACUCAAUGGAGGAGGCAGUGAACCAGUGUCUCCAGGCAGCCCAGCAUCAGUACCAGCCACAGGCACAGAAGAUGCUCCUCAGGGCAGCACUGUUUGGCAAGAGCUUUAUCCCUGAAAUGAACCCAGAGCCCUGCAAGAAGACCAUUUUCACACUGAGAGUCCUGAAUGCUGUGCGGGAUUAUAGAGUGGGCCUCCCUCUUACGUGGAGUCAGAUGGAGCACUUGACCCUCCCUGUGCUGCUUGACAGGCUGGUCCAUCGACGUUUUUUCCCCCUGGCAUUGGAGAUUGCAAAUUUCCUCAAGAUCCCUGAGACUGAUGGCACCUCGAGGAUCCUUGCUCACUGGGCUUGCUUCAAGGUGCUACAGCCAUCUCAGAAGAGUGAUGAACACAUAGCCAAAGAGAUUAACAGCAAACUUGGAUACACACCAGGUAUAUCUUACACAGACAUAGCCAACCGAGCUGACCAGGCUGGGAGGAAACAGUUGGCCAUCAAGCUGAUUGAGUAUGAGUGCCGAGCAAAGGAGCAGGUGCUGGUGCUGAUGAGGCUUGGCGAGGACCAGACAGCUUUACGACGUGCCUUGCAGAGUGGAGACACAGACCUCAUUUACACUGUGUUAUGUCGACUCCGCCAGAAGCUUUCCUCUGGGGACUUCUUGAUGCUCAUUCGCAACUUCCCAGUGGCUCAGGCUCUCCACAUGCGCAGCUGUCAAGAUUUGGACACUGAGCAGCUAAGGGAUAUCCUGGUGCAGGAGGAUGAUUUCUUGGGCCAGGGUCUGCUGAGGGUGAAGGAAGCUUAUAAUAGUUCUCGUGCAGACACUCGGCUGGCAUCCCUCCAGGGUGCUGCUGAGCUGUUCAGACGGGCCAAGCAUGAGAGCCACCUGCAGAUGACUGAGGAACAGAUCAAGCUGUAUCGCUGGCAGAUCCGACUGGAGGAAAAUCAGCAGAAGCCCUACACAGACAAAUCCCUCCAUGACACAGUCCACCACCUCCUGCUGGACGGACAAAUCAAGGAGGCCGAGAAAUUACGCACAGAAUUCAAGAUCCCUGAGAAAAGGUAUUGGUGGCUGAGAGUGGUAGCUCAUGCCCAAGCUGGCCACUGGGAUGAAUUGGCAGCCCUGGCCAAGAACAAGAAAAACCCUAUUGGUUUUGAGCCUUUUGUAGAGGUGUGCCUGAAGACUGGUAACAAAUUGGAGGCACAGAAGUAUGCUUCAAGGGUGAAGGAGGAGAACAAGGUGUCUUGCUUCAUCAAGUGUGGGCUACUGGAGGAGGCAACCAAGAUAGCACAUGAACAGAGGAGUGCAUCCAGUCUGGCUGAAGUGUUGGCUGCCUGUGGACCCCAGCAUCAGGCUCUACAGUCUCGCCUACAGCAGCUCCUCUCAGACCCAUCCCUGAAAUCAUAGUUCACCACAACUCUUAUCUCACCACUGCCAUUAGUCAUGUCCUUCCCCUACAUUCAUUUCAUCAAGCCACAUUCUUUCAUGUCACAUUCAUGUACUUUUAUGUUUCUUUCUCUGCCAUGAUCAACAUCAUCUCUCAUCAUCUACUGACUCCAUUCCUGAAUGCAAAAUAUUAAUUUAUAUGAUACAGCUAUGGAUCUAUUAUAAUAAAAUACAGUACUGUAUAUGAAUGAUAUACUCCCAAGAUGCUCAAUCAAUAAAAUUAAAGAAAAGAAA